AUGGCUAUCAUCGCUGUUGCUGGAGGGGCCGGAAAGGUCGGCCGUGCAAUUGUUGAGGCAAUUGUCGAAAAGGGCGAGCAUACCGUGCUGGUCCUAGCCCGUGAGGUUAAAGAUGUACAAGGAGCCCAGGUGAUCGCUGUGGACUACACCGACGUGGACAAGCUUGCAGCUACGCUCGAGACUAACAGCAUUGAUACUGUUAUAUCCACCAUUAAUGCUCUUGACGACGUCUCGGCUGAGCUGAACUUGAUCAAGGCAGCUGAGAAAUCAGCACCUACCAAGCGAUUCAUCCCUAGUAUUUGGGGCGUCAAGUACACUGAAGAUAUGGUACCUUAUUUCCCCAUCGCUCAGGCUAAGCUCAACCUCCUUGCUGCAUUGGAAGCAGCCUCGAGCCUCGAGUACACCGCCGUGUACAACGGCUACUUUGCUGACUACUGGGUGCUCCCCAACGUCAAGUCUUACCAAAGCCCCGUCGUCCUGGUAGUCGACAUUGCGAACAAUUUUGCCGCUAUUCCUGGAUCUGGCGACGAGCUCGUAACCUUUACGCACACCUUUGACAUCGCAGCCUUUAUCGCGGCCCUCGUUGGUGUGUCCAAGUGGAACAAGGAGUCGUACAUCAUUGGCGACAAGGUCUCGUGGAAUCAAUUCGUGCAGUACGCCGAGGAGGCCAAGGGUGUCAAGUUCACCGUCAAACACGACUCGAUCGAGGACCUCAAGGCUGGUAAAAUCACGGAGCUGCCAUCUCACCCUCACAUGUAUCCCUUCUUCCCUAAACCGAUGCUGCAGGGCUUUUUUGCUGCUUUUGGUCGCAUGUUUGUUGAAGGGGCGUUUGACCUCAAGCCUGAGCGUACACUCAAUGAGCAAUUCCCUAAGGUCAAGGCACGAAAGAUCAAGGACCUUCUCUUUGAAGCUUGGGGCCACAAACAGUACAUUGAAACUCUCGAGCAACGCUUGAAGAAUGUCGAAGUCGCAUUGCAAGCCUCACCUACAGCUAAUGAAGAGUCGAGUCCGAAUUCUGCAGAGUCAAGACAGUCCCAUGAUACAUCCAACAGCCAUUCGACAUCAAGUGCCAAUCGAGCCCAACCUCUGCCGUCAAGAUGGUCGGAAGACAUCACAAGAAACAUAAUCCAUGCUCAGAAAAACAACAGCAAUAUCGAGCGAACAGUCUUCGCCCCACUUCCCCCAAAAGAGCACAUUAUACACUUCAUAUCGAGCGCCUUACAGGACAUGUAUGAAGCACAGUGGCUCUUCAGCACUGAGCAUGUUCUGCAGCUUAUCAAUGACCAGUAUUCGGCCGGGUCGUCAAACAGUCAUGCCAAUCCUGCUCGGUGGGCAACCCUGAACGCUCUGAUGGCCACGGGCGUUCACUGGAAGGCCGACAACAAUGCGAUACACGAAUUGUUCCCCAUUUCAUGGGCAUGGUUCAAAAAUGCGUUUGCUAUUUUUCCAGAGAUCGCCAUCAACGGUAACGGCAUCGACUCCUGUCAGGCCAUGAUUGCUAUGGCCCUAUUCAUGAAGGGAACUGCUGACGCCCGGGCAUACACCGCCCUGCUAUCCGCGAGUGCGCAUGCUAUCGACUGUAUUGGCCUGCAUUCUGAAGAUCUUUGUGAAUCGAGUGACUUGGUCGAUAUAGAAAUGCGUAAGCGGUCCUUUUGGACUAUAUACGUACUCCGAUGCAAUGCAUCGCUGAACCUUGACAUUCCCGCACCGUCUGAUCCGCUUCGCGUUGAGCUUCCAUCACUUGGCCUUCCACUGGAUACUGGUUUCAGCAUACACCAGUUAAGGCAUAUGUCAACUUUGGCACUGAUUCAGUCGAGAAUAAGUCGAUGCUCUUGCUCAUCACUGUCCAAGAGCAGUGAUAAGAUGACGCAGGCUCUCGCUAAACUAGACAACGACCUCGAAUCGUGGAGGACGGGACUGCCUACACAAGUUCAACUUACAACAUCGGCCCAAGUGGACAAUCUUGACAUCAUACAGCUCCACCUUUCCUACUACGCUUCUACUUGGAAGAUCUAUACGGCUCUCGCGAAGCUCUGUAAUGUCCCUCUCACGUCGAUCGAACGAGAACAGCUAAAUCUGCAACUUAGUACGCUUGUCCCCACGCAGAGCGCCAGAGCCACGAUUUCUUUGCUGCAAGGUCUAUCCUCACAGCCAUUUGCUUCUCUCUGGCAAAUGAUCUGCUACCCGAUGUGUGCCGUUCUGAUUCUCUUGACCGCAGUGCUCCAUGGUCCCCAAGAUUCACAGACGUCUUUGAACGUCGAAUGGAUUGAGAAAUUCGUUGUAUUUCUGCAGAGCUUCCAAGACCGAGAAGGAUGCGAUCUGAAUGGCCUUAUCGAAUUUUGCUCCAAGCUGUACGAUGUCGCAUCGUUUGCACAAAGCGAUCCAACAGAUCUAGUAAGUGAAAGUGAAUAUGGCACAGACCUUUGGCGGGAGUAUACGGACUUGCGUAUCCGCCUCCAAGGUUCUCGGGACCCGAUGCUGCUCGCCCAGGGUCUUCUAACCAAUAUGCCGAUUUUAGGAGCCAAGGCAACAGAGGUAUUCUCUGGAGUAGUAGCAGGAGCCAGAGUAGACGGGUUCACGCAGCUUGUGCCAAAUGUACUCAAACCGAGGUCAUUCAACUUCUUUGGCUACAAUGAAGCUACUAAUAGGCAUUAG